GUGCUGGCGGGUGUCCAACCAGGUGGGCUUCGAUCUGCCUGGAGACGACGAGGGCCCAGCCGGCAGCAGGUAUACUGUAACCUUCACCCCUGGCAAGGUGAAGCGCCUGACUUGGGAGAGGAUCGACGAGAAGACAGAUCCGCCUGUUGACACCGGCGUGUAUCAACUCUUGGGCUCAUGGUCUGACUUCGAUCCGGUCGACAUGACGGCCGACCCGGGGAGGCCUGGCGUCUACACCGCCGAAGCGACCUGUAGCGGGUCAGACAUGCAGUUCUACUUCACGCGGAAUGAG